GGUUCAUGAGCCGAAUGGACAGGACCAUCUCGGCAUUCGCGUUCUUUACGAGCGAGUCCACACCGUUGUAUCGGGUCGCCAUCUCAAGACACCAUUAACAGCCUUCUGCCGAUCGCGUGCAACCCGGGGCCAACGAGCUGCGGUAGACCCCUCUGGCCUCAGUGCUGGGUGUGGAAGUGCCGAAUCUAAAGCCGCAAGAGGAGCAGCGGCGGAUAGACACAACUGAGAACCCGCGGUAUGCAGAACCAGCCGAGGGAAAAAGGAAGGAUGCGGACUCUCUCUGGAUGUACUUACCAAGUUACGGUUGACCAUAAUGUGGCUCUGACUAACCCCUUGGACCAGGUAUAUGCAGAUGGAUCUUUUCAUUAUUCAGUCCUUACAACUCACUUUUGCAUGAUAAUGGGAUGCAUUUCUCAUUCUCAUUCUCAUCCCUGUUCUGUAGUAACAGUUGUGUUCCAACACCGGAUGAGGUUACAUAGCAACACCACGGUGUCCACUGAUGGUGACCUGGCCGUUACAAUGCCAGGAGGCGCAGCGCUGUCCAAUGGCCACGGAUGGAAAGAAUCUGAUCUGCCAUGGGAUUCAUCAACCCCCACUCCCCAAUGCCGAUGGUCGAUCUGCGGAACAAGGAGCAGGCCAUUAUUUGGAAGAGUUCCUGGUUCGAGACCGCAGUUAUGUGACUGCAGGCUUCAGGGAACAAGCCGAUCAACAUGGCUUGAUAGGUCGGUCGAUAACUUGAUCAUAUGGGUAUCGACGGAAGAUAGAUAGUGUGGCGUACAGUCCCGCACCAGGCAUGUGCAGCGCAAACAUGUGGCACUGGCACUCGGGGAGGCCCUUCAGGCUUCAACGCCUCGCUUGAGUGCUUAGAACCAG